CUCCCCCCUCCCCCCCCCUCGCCGCCUGCGCAGAGGCAUCGCCUCUCCUGCUCGCGAUCUCCCGCCUCCGAGGGGGUGUGCCAUCCUCCCCACCAAGCCCCCUCUCUUGACCGCUCCCGCCUGCUGGGCUUCUCCCUUUUCUCCCCGCCCGCCUGCCCCGGCCCCUUCCGUGUGAGCCAUGCAGGACGACUUCACCUCGCCGUCGGCCCCGUCGACAGCCCGCGCCUCGAUGCUCCGCGCGCAUGGGAUCCACCACCACCACCACCACCACCAUGGCCCGGCCUCCCCCUCGGGGGAUGGCUACCUCAGCACGUCGGGUGGCCACCAUUCCCUAUCGCGCGGCGGUCCGGCCGACCCGCUGGCCAGCCUGCUGGACGAGGAAACCGACCUGACGCAGACGCCGCCGCCGAUGCCGCCGUCGCCGCCGUCGACCCCGGCCUCCGGGCCUGGCCCGGGGCUGGGCAUCGGUGGCCCCGGGGCCGGGCCGCGCAUGGCCGGCUUCCGGGACAUCCGGUCUCCCUCGGCGCAGCGGAAUUUCCCCGGCGCGUCGGCCGCCGCCGGGCAUGGGCCAGGCGCGCCGCCGCUCGGCUCGGCGCCCGGCGCCCGAGCCGAGCCCUACAUCAAUUCCCCGGAUCAUGCGGGCAUGCUUUUCAGCGGGGCCGGGGCCGGGGUCGGCUCGCCGGCCUCGCCGGCUGCCGCCCGGCGGUCCUUCUACAGUGUGCCCUCCUCGACGCCGCAGGGGGACGACGGGUCGCAGGCCGCCACCGGCAGCCCGGGCUCCGGCCCCUCGGCCGGCGGCCACCCCGGGUCCCGGUCAUACUCCUCCGGUGCCGGCGGGGCCACCCACCAGCAGCGCCGCCCGAUUGGCUUUUCCAACCUGCGCUUCGGUAGCCGGGGCGCCGACGCGGAGGCUUCCUCUUCUUCUUCUUCGGCCUCCCUGGCUGGCACGGCCCCGGCCUUGGGGGCGUCCCGUCAGCCGCGCCCGGUCCCGGUGGCCGGCGGCGGCGGCGGCUCCUCCCGGCUGGCGGCGGCGGCCAGCGCCGACAUCCCGCCGCAGGCCCCGGCCACGGCCUUUUUUAACCGCUUCAAUCCCACACACCUGGACCCCUCGGCGGCCGGCCGGCGUGGCGGCGGCGUCGCCGCCGACAUGGACGCCGACUCGAUCCCCCGACGCGGCCCGGUUCUCUUCUCCUACGAUGACGACGACGAGGACGACGACAGCAACACCGCCAAGGGUGGCGCCGGCGGGCGGGCCCAUGGCGGCACCGGCUCCCGGUCCGGGCGCGGCCCCGAUGCCAGUGCCUCUUCCGGGGCCAUUCUUCCCUGGGGCCCUGGGCCACACUUCCUCCGGCGUUCCUUCUCCAUCCUCACAUCGCAGCUCCAUGUCUUCUUCCACGCUUCGCGGGAGACCAUCCUUUCGGCCGGGUACCUGCUGCACCCGCAGUCUCUCCUGUCAGCCACCCAUGGCGUGACCAAUGUCUUCACCCAGCUCCUUGGGACUUUUCUGGCGCCCUUCUCCAAGCCGCAGGUGACUGUCCAAAAGAAGAAGGAGCACCUCGACCGCCAGCGCUGGGCCAAGCGGUAUAAGGCCAUCAAUCGCGACCUCUUCGAAGAGAGCAGCCAGCCCCCCCUGCUGCCGGAGAGCAAUGCCCUCCCCCCGCCGAUGGACUUCUUCUCCGGGCCGGGCCCCGGCUCCGGGUUUGGCAGUGCCAGUGGCAGCAGCGCCUCCGGCUCGCGGUCCGGCUCGCGGUCCGUCUCGCGAUCCGGCUCACUGGAGCACCUGUCGGCCGAGGCGGCCGGGCACUUUUACGGCAGCCCCACCGCCGGCGGCGGCAUGGGCGGCCCCACCGCCAGCACCAUCGGAAUCGACCAGUCCUUGGCCCAUGCGGCCGCAUAUGAUCCCUUCGGCGGGAGCGCCUUCUCGCAUCACCCCAUCGCGGGCUUGGAGCAGCCCAGCUCGCCGAUGGGCGCCGGCGCCGGCGCCGGUCCCUCCACACCGGCGGCCGCCAAUCGGCGCCGGUCCACCUUCGGGUCGCCCUUCCACCACCACCACCAGCACCACCACCACCACCAUCACCACCAUGGCAAGGAGGAGGACUUGCUCGGCAGCACCGGCGCCACGGCAACCCCGCGCGCCGGGCCGUCCGCCUCCUCCACCUCGCUGCCGCACUAUUCGGCCUCUUCGCCGUCGCUGAUGACCACUCCGGUGCAGCAGCACCACCGGCGCUCGAUGAGCGGCAGCAGCGCCGGCAGCACCGAGGGCGGCCAGUUCGACCUGUCCCCCGCCCCCUCCUCCGAGGCGGUGGUCGCCUACGAGCAGGACCCGGCCAUCGACCUGGAGCUGGACUUCCUCGUUAUGCAGUUGACGGCCAACAUCCGUCCCGCGUCGCCGGUUGCUUGA